GCCCCCGGGGCUAACCCCCGGUCGCCGACCGAAUUAAUGGCCGGAAAUCCGAGGAGGGGCGCCGGUCUCAUCGGCUUGAUGAAGGACGCCUUUCAGCCCCACCAGCAGCCUCUGCAGCCUCACCAGCCCGCAGUGGUCGAUAAGAAAAUGGUGGAGAAAUGCUGGAAACUCAUGGAUAAGGUGGUGCGCUUGUGCCAGAACCCAAAGGUGGCGCUGAAGAACAGCCCGCCCUACAUCCUGGACCUGCUGCCGGACACCUACCAGCACCUCCGCACCGUCCUGUCGCGGUACGAGGGCAAGAUGGAGAUCCUCGGGGAGAACGAGUAUUUCCGCGUGGUCAUGGAGAACUUGACCAACAAGACGAAGCAGACCAUGAGCCUUUUUAAGGAGGCCAAGGAGAGGAUGUUUGAGGAGAACUCCCAGCCCAGGCGGAACCUUACCAAGCUGUCGCUGAUCUUCAGUCACAUGCUCGCAGAGCUGAAAGCCAUCUUCCCCAAUGGCCUAUUUCAGGGGGACAACUUCAGGAUCACCAAAGCUGAUGCUGCCGAAUUUUGGAGAAGGUCAUUCGGAGACAAGACCAUCGUGCCGUGGAGGACAUUUCGCCAAGCUCUCCACGAGUUUCACCCCAUCAGCUCGGGCCUGGAGGCCAUGGCUCUCAAGUCCACCAUCGACCUCACGUGCAACGACUACAUCUCCGUCUUUGAGUUCGACAUCUUCACCCGGCUCUUCCAGCCAUGGUCGUCACUUCUAAGGAACUGGAACAGCCUGGCGGUCACACACCCGGGUUACAUGGCCUUCCUCACCUACGACGAGGUCAAGGCCCGACUGCACAGGUUCAUCCACAAACCGGGCAGCUACAUCUUCAGGCUGAGCUGCACUCGGCUCGGCCAGUGGGCCAUCGGCUACGUGACAGCUGAUGGGAACAUCCUGCAGACCAUCCCCCAUAACAAACCCCUCUUCCAAGCCCUCAUUGAUGGAUACAGAGAGGGAUUCUACCUGUUCCCAGAUGGCCGAGCACAGAACCCGGACCUAACAGGGCUGUGUGAACCUUCUCCACAGGACCACAUCAAAGUUACUCAGGAGCAGUAUGAGCUUUACUGCGAGAUGGGCUCCACGUUCCAGCUCUGCAAGAUCUGUGCGGAGAACGACAAAGAUGUGAAGAUUGAGCCCUGCAGACAUCUGAUGUGCACUUCCUGUCUAACGGCGUGGCAGGAGUCGGAGGGCCAGGGCUGCCCAUUCUGCCGCUGUGAGAUCAAAGGUACAGAGCCCAUCGUGGUGGACCCGUUCCACCCGAAGGCCAGCGGCGCUUCCUUUGCUGGUUUUCAGGGUUCCAGCAGAGCGGAGGCCGCCGCCAAUGACGAGGAGGAGGACGAUCGCCUGGAGGACCACCUAGUCAUGAGCAGGCUGGCCUGCACCAAGGUGGAGCGCCCACCCUCUCCCGUGUCUCAGCUGCCUCCAGUGCCCCCCAGACUGGACCUGCUGCAGCAGAGACCCUCCAACUCCCACAUCCCACAAACUCAGGGAGCCACAUCCAAGAUGGCAGCCACCCACAGAGACAAGCCUCUACCUCUGCCUCCCGCCCUGAGAGAGCUGCCCCCUCCUCCCCCUCCCGAGCGCCCCUCCCUGGUUGGCCAGGACUGCAGACUCCAGAGGAGGCCGCUGCCGUCAACCCCCGACCAGGCGUCCUGGGCCUCCAACUACAUGGUGCCGCGUCCAGCCACCAAGGCCCCGUCUGCCCUGUGCGCUGCGCCUCCGAACAGCGCAGCCAGUGGGGAGGGAAGCAAACCCCAGGCAGCCACCAACGUGGUCUACUGCCUGGCUGCAAGAUCUCUGCCGGCGGCGGCCAGCGUGGAGCAGCCUUCCUCGGACUGUGAGGAGAAUGAGUACAUGAGUCCCACCUCUCUUCCAGCUGCCGGUGGCCCUUGGGCAAUAACGGGCUCCUUGGUGCCCCCACCGCCGGUGCAGGCCAACCACCACAAUGACGUCAGCACCGAGGUGGCUGACGGUGACUCCGAGGAGCCCAUCGUCUACGAGUCCAUGUGCAACAUCCAGGCGCAGGCGGGUUCCUGUGAGGCGCCGCCGCCCUCCGAACCGGACCCACCUCAACAUCCGGCCGCGCCUCCCCGGGACAAGAAGGAGGAGGCGAUUGAGGAGGACAUCUACGAGUACGACUGUCCCAGACCAAUUCUCCCUCCCGCCCCCACCAGAAGGACUUUGUCGGAUGUGGCCGGCCCCUCGGCGGCCUUCAGCAAUCUCAGCAUUGACGGUGCAGCCGACGACGGGAUGUUUGCAGCAGCGGCCGAGCCCGAACGGCCCCCCAAACCUCUCCCGCGACGAGCCAACUCGGACCGGCGAGCUCGGCCCGUCAACCGUGAAUUGCCCGCUCCGCUGCCGGAGCUCCCCAGCCCCUCCUCCGCCUCUUCCUCCUCUCCUCCUCCUCCUCCCCCCCCUACUCCUACGCCUCCCCCGGGAAGCCAGACCUUAAACGGGGAGAUUGAAUGCCUGGGUUUCUCAGGGCUACUCCAUUCAGGGACAUCCACAAAGCAACUGAUGAUCGCCCAGAACAACCUGGAAGACGGCAAGAACAUCCUGCGCGAGUUCGUCUCCAUCUAA